UUAUGUCCAUAACGGUAUAAUGAUGUUGUCAAGAAAAUUUGACUUUAAGAGUUAGAUUGGCAGAGCAAUAAAGUCUUGGAGCUCUGAGACUAAUAGAUCUGUGUAAAAUCUUACCUCUCUUGUUAGUUUGGCUUAGUUCCAUAAUCUUUACCAGAUGCUCGUGGGUCUUAAAGCCAUUUGGGUCUUAUGCAAGAGCAAUUAUGAGUGAGUUAUCAGUAUUUUCAGUAAUGCGGAACUAUGACCCUGAUCUUCAUCCAUUCCGGGAUGCACGAAAUUACAAAUUGGCCCUAAAUGCCACGAAGCUAGAGCGUGUCUUUGCUAAGCCAUAUGUUGGCUGCUUGGUUCAUGGAGAGUCUAUUUCUGCAAUGGCCAGACAUCCUGAGAUGCUCAACUACAUUUUCUCUGGCACAUAUGAAGGACAGCUGACACUCUGGGACACAAGCCUGGAAAAACAGAUGUGGAAGGUGCAAGCCCACAAUAGUCAUAUAUGGAGCAUAACAGCUGACUGCAAGGGUGAAACGUUUUAUACCGUGGGUCAUGACAAAGCCAUUAAGAGGUGGUCUUGUUCAAAUAUUACAGAAGCCUGUGACAGAAUGGAUGUCUUGAAAGGUCCAGGGUCUGCCAACCAUCUCUCUGAGCCAAUUGACACAUGGCUGUGUGAUACAGUGAUCUCAGGAUUGUCGCACCACCGAUACCAAAAUGAAUUUCUGACUUGUGGAGAGAGAGUUUUGCUCUGGGACUCAGAAAAGAAGGUGCCUGUGCGUAGCUUUGACUGGAGUGACACCGGAGGAGGAGAGGCAUCCAGUAGUGCUAUAGCCGUCAAAUUCAACAUGAUAGAUACUAAUGUAUUUGCUUCCUGUGAUCAUGACAACAGUCUGAUUCUGUACGACAUACGAGCCAAGGAUGUAAAGAAACUCAAAAUGAAGCUGCGAAUCAAUGAUCUCUCGUGGAAUCCUACUGAGAGUUUUAUACUCUCUGUGGUCAGCGAUGACUACAACGCGUACACCUUUGACGUGCGCAUGAUGGAUGCAGACAGGCGCAUUGUAUGCAUCCACCAGGGCCACACGAGCGCCGUCACUUGCCUCGACUACUCCCCCACUGGCCAGGAGUUUGUCACAGGUUCCUUCGACCGCUCCAUCAGGAUAUUCAGGGUGGAUGAGGGGCGAUCACGAGAUGUAUAUCACGGCAAGCGGAUGCACAAGGUCACCUCCGUGCUCUUCUCUUCUGAUGACAAGUUCAUCUAUUCUGGUUCCGCGGACCAUAACAUCCGCAUCUGGAAGAGCAGAGCUAGUGAAAAAAUGGGCCUGAUGAACGCUCGGGAGAAAUUGGCGAUAGACCUGAGUAGGCAGCUGCGGGAAACCUACAAGGACAUGCCGGAGAUAAGGCGGAUCGCCCGUCACAGGCACCUACCCAAGAGCAUCCGCGCUGCUGCUAAAGAGCAUCACCUCAUCCGCACUUCCCGAGCCAGAAAAGAAGAGAACGUGCGCCGACAUAGCAAGCCAGGUUCAGUCGUAGGCGAAAGUCGUCUAGAGAAGCCCGUGUUUGGAGUACAGGAUGAGGAAGCUGUUGAUCCACUCGCCGAGCAAGCAGCCUUAAAGAAGUUGGAGAAGUUUGCAGUUGGCGCUAAAAAACGGAUGGAAGCGCGUAAAAAAGAAAGAACUUCUAUCAAAAACAAGAAAAUGAAGGUGUCCAGUCCAAAAGGCGAAGAAGAAAAUAUAUCUGAAGAAAAGAAUAAUGGUAAGUUUAAGAAGAAAAAUCCCAAAGGGAGCUUUAAAGAUGAAUCGUUAUUAUGAGUUUUUUUGCUUCAGAUAUGUUGAGGAAAGGCAGAAAAAUAUAUAAAGAGCGAUUUGUG